AUGUAUUACCUGAUAGUGGCUCUUCUGUGUGUUUAUCUUACCUAUCACUUCUACUGGAAACGUAGGAAUCUUCCCUCAGGGCCUGUCCCUGUUCCUUUGUUCGGAAACCUUUUGGCAUUCAUAGGCAAUGACCCAGUAGAUGUAUUCAUACAGUGGAAGAAGAAGUACGGCGACAUCUACACGUACUGGCAAGGCAACACUCCCAUCGUAACUUUCAACAGUACACCUACAAUAACAGAAGCAUUUGUGGGUAACUCUGAAGUCACGAGUAGCCGCUACUGUUUUCACGAGUUUAACGAUUACUGUAGGUGCGGUAAUGGUGGCAUUAUAUUUCAAAGCGGGCUAAAAUGGAAGGAACAAAGGCGGUUUGCUUUGAAGGUGUUCAGAAACUUUGGCAUGGGCAAGAAUCUGAUGCAACAAAAAGUAAAGCACCUAACAUCUACUUUUACAUAUAUCAAAUCGUAUUUUACAAAUGUUAAAUAUUGGAUUACCAUAGACUUGAUGUCUCAUAAUUUUGUAUUUGUAGAUCUUAGAAGUUGUGAAUCCACUCUUAACCGACUACAAACAGAACCCAGCGCAAAAUAAUGUAAACAACAGUAUCAGCAGGGCUAUUGGGUCUGUUAUCAACUCGAUUCUCUUUGGCUACACCUUUGAAGGCAAGCAUUCUGAAGAGUACGAUAGGUUAGAAGCCAUGGCCAAGGUCCAUAUAGAGGCGCUUGGCCACCCUUUCACUCUGAUAUCUCUACAGAAUCCAAAGUUUAUGGCCAAAGUCCCGUUCAUUGGCCAGAGAAUCAGAGAAGUGAGAGAGAGUGCUCAGAACCUGAAGGCCUUCUUUCAUUCUCAGAUCGUGCGACAUCGACAGGAGAUACAGUUUGACACUGACCAAGAAUCCCACGAUUACACAGAGGAGUACUUCAGAGAGCAGCGGAAGCGACAAGAGAACGGCGACAACGACAGCUUCAGGUAAUUUUAAAAAGUUUUAAGUACGUAUUGUAUGCAUCUUUGAAAAACUUCAGAGGUACUUACAGUUUAGUUAUGGUUUAUUCGUUUCUCAGAACUACAAGACUUUAUUUACUAUUGCACUUUACUGCGUAGUUUCCAAAGAUCACUUUUGAUUUCUUGCUAACUGAACUUGUUGUCUACUUCAGUGACCAAUGUCUAUAUACGUUGUGCUACGAUCUAUGGUUGGCAGGUCAAGAGACGACGAGUAAUACCAUUAAUUGGGGAUUAGCCUACCUUUCCAACCUACCCCAUAUACAAGAUACGAUACACAGAGAGUUGGAUACUGUAGUCGGCUCUGACAGAACUAUUACUUUGAGCGAUAAACCAGGAUUAACGUAUCUCUGUGCUACAAUUAACGUAAGUGCCUUUUAUAUGAAAACAAAUAUAUUGUUGUUGAUACUUUUUGAAAGUUCGGUUUGUUUUUAUUUAGUUACAGUAAUUUAUUGUAGGAAACUCAGAGAAUAGCCAAUCUAUUACCGCAGAAUAUUUGGCGACGUGUUGAUGAAGAUGUUACGGUAAACAAUACUACGGUAAAGAAGGGAACCUGUAUCAUUCCGCAAAUAUCAGCUGUUUUGUACGAUGACAAUGUAAGCUAGACUUUUUGACAUUGCAAUGUAUUGUACUAAUAAAACAACUUAUGUUUACUGCCUUUCAAGAUUUGGUUAAUUUACACUAUAGACAAUACUUUGUCUUUCAGGUAUACAAAGACCCCAAAACUUUCAAUCCGAAUCGAUUCCUGGAUCAGAAAGGUCAAGUGAAAGUAGACGACAACUUUAUGCCAUUUUCAAUUGGACGUCGAAGUUGUUUGGGAGAAAGUUUGGCUAAAAUGGAACUUUUUCUCUUUAUGGCCAACAUCUUGAACUGUUUCAAGGUAGGGUUUUGUUUGUUUAAAUUAUUCACUGAAAAUUUUUUUAAUUUGAAACAGUCAAACUUUAAGACGGCAUUUCUAGUUUUAAGAAUAAGACUACAAAGUUAAAAUGUUAUGUGAAGCUGUUUUAAAAAUUUAUAGCUUUAAGUCUAAAGCAAACAAGACUUAUGAGUAGUAAUAUUUAUAGAUAUCAUCGGAGGACGGUAUUCCAAUAAACGUAGAACGACGGUUAGGAGUGACGGUCCAAAUGGACACCUUUAACUUAAAAUUUACUCCGCGACAUUGA